AUUAACGAUAGCAGAAAACAUCUGAUGUGUUCAUUCAUUUUUUUUGUCCAAUAAAAGUUUUUCAAUUAAGCGCUGCCCGCAGAAAGUUAUAGAAUAAAAUGUGUUAUAAACUUUUAAUAUUGGCCCUACUGGUAGGCCUUAGCACGAGUGACAUUGUCAUCGGCCAAGAUGAGCUCGUCGACGAAAUCUCCGGCUACUACACCAUCGAGGGCAAAGUGUAUGCUCCCGAUCUUGGACCCGGAGGUGCGAGCCAAGGACUCGCUGUCCAGUUGCCCCAAGGCAACAAGUGGCAAAAUGAUUUGUCCGUUAGCAUCAACAAUGGCGAGUACAAGGGAUUUGUGCGCGAGGAUGGACAGUUCAUAAUAAGCGGGGUUCCCUCGGGCAGUUAUGUCCUCGACGUCUAUCACCCCGAUAUAUUCUAUGAGCCAGUGCGCGUGGAGAUCAAUCCCAAAGGCAAGUUCCGUGCCCGUAAAGUGAAUUACAUUCAACCAGCACAGGUAGUGCAAGUGCCAUAUCCACUUCGUAUGAAACCCCUUAUGCGUUUCAAAUAUUUCCAAACUCGGGAGCAGUGGAAGAUCACUGACUUCCUGUUCAGCCCCAUGGUGCUGAUGAUGGCUUUGCCUUUGCUGUUGAUGCUCGUGCUGCCCAAGAUGAUCAAUGACCCCGAAACGAAGAAAGAAAUCGAGAACAUGCAGUUUUCUAAGAUGACCAACGACAUGCCUGAAAUCAGCGAGAUGAUCACCUCAUUGCUGUCGGGGAAACAACCCGAGCCCAAGGAAAAGAAGCCAGUUGCAGCCAGCAAACAAACCAAGAAACGCAAUUAAGCAUAGUAAAGUAAUUGAAGCAGCCAUUAGCUGUUAGAGAAUUCAUGUUCCAUUCAUAGUCAAAAAAUGUCAAGAAGAAAUAUAUUAAUUAAACACAA